AUGUCAAGACUAGAGAAACCAAAUGAUGAUGACCUAUUUUAUUUCUCUGUAACAAACGACGUUUAUUUAGAGGAAUUACCUGAUUGCAUAAUUUCUCCAUUAUUAAAACAUCCCAAUAUGUUACAAAACACUAAGCCCAAUUAUACUGCUAAUGCUAGUGCUAGUGCUAGUGCUGGUGCUGGUGCCAGCGACAGUGGGGACAAGAACAAUGAAACUCAAGCUACGAAAGGAGUUAAUAAUAUUGUGACGCCAGUUUCUAAAAUUAAUGAUGAAAUAUUUGAAUUGGAGCAUGAUUUAGAACUGCCGAUGAUGGUGAUGAAAUCAGAUUAUAACUAUAACUAUACCUACAGCUCAUAUAAUGAUAAGAGCUCUGUUGUACCACGUUAUGAGUUGGGAUUACACGAUAGCAUUGAUACCUCCGAAUACAUCAAUUCAGCCCAACGUAAUUAUAGAGUCUGGCUUUCGAAAGUGUAG